CCCACGUAUAAGAUGGCAUGUCUCACACACCGUCCAGUUCUCUUUAGUGUUUGCCAAUGUUGGAGGUGUUACUGGGGUCUGGCCCGCGACAAAGGAAUAGAGCAUGGCUCAAGUAAAAGUACAGACCUCAGCACCCCUGGCUGGUCCUGGCCUCUCUUCCGGAGUUCCUCCGGCGGCCACGGCCAGCCCAGGUCCCCUGGAUCUGCAGCCCUCUGUCAAUGGCACAGGCUCGUCCCCCACACCCGCCUGCCCUGCUCCUGCAGCUGGAUAUGGGGACGCUCCUGUGCCCGUCACACCACCAGGUUCGCCCGAGGAGAACAUGGCAAACCCUAAAGAGAAAACUCCAAUGUGUUUGGUGAAUGAGUUGGCCUGUUUCAAUAGGAUCCAGCCUCAGUACAAGCUCCUCAAUGAGAGAGGCCCUGCACACGCUAAGAUCUUCACAGUGCAGCUGACUCUGGGGGAGCAGGUCUGGGAGGCAGAGGGCACCAGCAUUAAAAAGGCCCAGCAUUCCACAGCUGCCAAAGCCCUGACUGAGAGUGUACUUCCCAGGCCAAUGCCCCGCUCACCUAAAGUGGACAUCAACAGCAACCCAGGCAGUAUAACACCUACUGUGGAGCUGAAUGGUCUGGCUAUGAAGAGAGGAGAGCCGGCAAUCUAUAGGCCUUUGGAUCCCAAACCUUUGCCUAACUACAGAGCUUGCUACAACUUCAGAGAGAUGUUUAACCAAAGGUACCAUUGUCCUGUUCCCAAGGUCUUCUUUGUGCAGCUGUCUGUGGGGAGUCACGAGUUCGUCGGAGAGGGACGCACUCGCCAAGCUGCCAGACACAACGCUGCCAUGAAGGCCCUGCAAGACCUCCGCAAUGAACCGAUCCCUGAAAGGCCGCAACAGGACCCUGAAGGAAAGGUGGAGAGUGAGGAAGGCGCUGACGCCAGCAAAUCAGAGAUCAGCCUGGUUUAUGAAAUUGCCCUGAAGAGGAACUUGACUGUCAACUUUGAGGUGUUAAAGGAGAGCGGACCCCCGCACAUGAAAAGCUUCCUGACCCGUGUCACCGUAGGGGAGUUCUCCGCCGAGGGCGAGGGUAACAGCAAAAAGCUGUCCAAGAAGCGUGCCGCUCUGUCUAUUAUGCAGGACCUGAAGAAGCUUCCCUUCAUUCCGGCUGUGGAGAAACCCAAAACUCACUAUAAGAAACGCACCAAGACCAUCCUCAAGACUGGACCUGACUACGGUCAGGGCAUGAACCCUAUCAGCCGCCUGGCCCAGAUCCAACAGGCCAAGAAAGAGAAAGAGCCUGAGUAUUUGUUGCUUUCCGAGAGAGGGAUGCCCCGACGCAGGGAGUUCAUCAUGCAGGUAAAGGUCAACAACGAGGUUGCCACGGGAACAGGGCCGAACAAGAAAGUGGCCAAACGGAAUGCUGCUGAGGCAAUGUUGCUGCAGCUCGGAUACAAAGCUUCUAUCAUCCCUCAAAGUCCCACUGAGAUGGACAACAAAGGCUGGAAUGAACAAAAGGCCUCUUUUACCGAAGCAACGAGUAACACCCCCAAAGGUCUUCUCCACCUCAGCCCUGACGUUUACCAGGAGAUGGAGGCCAGCAGGAAGCAGGGGGGCAGUGCCCCAGCCCCUAACAGGAGUAGUAGUAGCGGUGUAUCCAUCAACUACAUGGCCUCCAAAGAUGCGAAUCCCUGUGCCGCCCCGCUACCACCAGGACACACUCCUUCAUACUACAGCGCUCCAUCCUCCUCUUCUGGGCCGACAACCACCAUGGCCAGAGAGCUGCUGCUAAACGGUCAGUCGCCGACCGUCGACGCUCCUGCGCCGCCAGUGAAGGGGAAUAGUCCGCCGUUGGCCUGUGGUGGGUCCGUGCAACCUGCGCAGCAGCUGGAGUACCUGGCUCGCAUUCAGGGCUUCCAGCAUCUAUUCAGACAGCAGCAGCAGCAGCACAUUUGCUGCUGAGAGACAGACGACAUGUUGAUCCAAGAUAAUGAAGCAGUACCAGCAGACUCAAUGUUACAAUCCAUCAACAUGAGGGCGCAUCUUCAGCUUCAACAGAUGCCCGUGAAUCUAUCAAAGCUGCCCCCAUUGAUCCUGCUGACUGACUACACCAUUUAACUGACACACUAAGAACUGAAUUACUUAGCUGAGGAUCUUAUAAGGUAAACUCAGACUUCACAUUCCCGAAGAGCUGAGAUAAGUUUCCAUCACCACUACUGCCACAGACAUUUAGUGAACAGAGAGAAAAUUAAGAGAAUGUGGCUCAGAAUCAGAAUCAGCUUUAUUGUCAUUACGCAAGGUAACGAGAUUGAGGCCAUUCCAUACAGUGCGAUGUGUGCAUGCUAGAAAAACAAUGUGCAAAUAUAUAAAAAUGUAGAAGUGCAAUGAAUAUGGUGUGAAAUGAAUAUAUACAUGAAAAAACAAACAAAAAAAAAACAGGGUGGUUGGUGGAAUGGGUUAUUGCACCGAAGAGAAGGCAGUUAUGAGGGACAAUGGGGCAGUCCAUUCAGGAUGGUUAUGGCCCUGGGGAAGAAGCUGUUCUUUAGCCUGUUUGUUUUGGUUUUAAUGCACCUGUAGCGCUUCCCAGAGGGCAGCAGGUGUAACAGGUCAGAGCCAGGGUGGGUGCUGUCCUUGAUGAUGGCACUGGCUCUGUUGAGGCAGCGGGAGGUGUAGAUGUCCGUCAGAGAGGGGAGAGGGCGGCCGAUGAUCUUCUGAGCCGUCUUGACCACUCUUUGCAGCCUCUCCCUGUCUGCUGCAGUGCAGCUGCCGUACCAUACCUUAAUACAGUAGGUCAGCAGGCUCUCGAUGGACGAGCGGUAGAAGGUCAGCAGCAGGUCAGGCUUCAGGUUGUACUUCCCGAGGACUCUAAGGAAGUGUAGCCGCUGCUGAGCCUUCUUGAUGAUUGAUGUGGUGUUGACUGUCCAGGAGAAGUCAUUAGAGAUGUGGACUCCAAGGUACCUGAAGGUGUGGACCCUCUCUACACGCUCGCCGUUGAUGUAGAGGGGGGUAGGGUCGGUGCUGCUCCUCCUGAAGUCGACGAUGAUCUCUCUGGUCUUGCUGGUGUUGAGAGCGAGGUUGUUCUCCGAAGACCAGGCCGUCAGCUUCAGGACCUCCUCUCUGUAGGCAGCCUCGUCACCCCUGGAGAUGAGCCCGACCACUGUGGUAUCGUCGGCGAACUUGACGGUAAGGUUGUCACUGUGGGCCGGACUGCAGUCAUGGGUGUAAAGGCAGUAGAGGAGGGGGCUCAGCACACAGCCCUGUGGGGAGCCGAUGCUCAGCGUGCGGGAGGAUGAGAGGUGCGGGCCAAGUCUCACAUUCUGGGGUCGGUCCGUUAGGAAGUCCCUUAUCCAGGCGUUUGUGAGAGGGGGGAGGCCAAGAGUGUCCAGUUUAUUGCAGAGUCUGUCCGGGAUUAUUGUAUUGAAGGCAGAGCUAUAGUCCACAGAGAGCAUCCGGACAUAGCUCUGCUGCUGCUCCAGGUGGUUCAGAGCAGAGUGGAGAGCCAACAGUGAUGGCGUCCUCUGUGGACCUGUUCGCCCGGUAUGCGAACUGGUGGGGGUCGAAGUCUGUAGGGAUAUGGUCCUUGAUGUGCUGGAGAACAAGUCGCUCGAAGCACUUCAUGAUUACCGGAGUGAGGGCCACUGGUCGGUAAUCAUUCAGGCUGGUGAUGGGAGACUUCUUCGGCACCGGGAUUAUUGUAGAUGACUUCAGGCAGGAUGGGAUGACUGCCUGAGCCAGGGAGAGGUUGAAGAUCCUGGUGAGGGGGGGAGCGAGCUGGUGGGCGCACGUCCUGAGCACCUUUCCAGGUACUC